CCACGCGCAAAAAUCCCAGAAUGCAACAGUGGAUUCUCAAGUCGCCAUAUUGAUUAGGAGAAAUUUGGGAAAGGCGAUAGAAGAUAUCAAAUAAUAUAAGCAUUUUUUGUCCUGAUAGUGACAUGGAGAUUCAUCCAUUUGCCCUGCAGCAGGGUCAGUAUGGUAUAUACCAGGGGGCCAUGGGAGCUGUGGGUGUGCCUAUCAAUAUGUACAACCAUGCCGGAGAGGAGUACGAAGAGGGCGAAUACAUCAAUGAAAAUUACGGCUAUGAAGAAGGAGGAUACGACCUCGUACCAGGUCACCUCGGUCAGAAACAAGAUAACAUGGACAACCAGCCAGACUAUAGUAGAGAAAGAGACAGGGACAGAUCCAGAAGGCGAGACAGGGACAGGGAUGGACGUCGUCGAGAUGAGAGAAGAUCAUCACAUGAUCGAGACAGAAAUCGUAGAAGAGAUCGCGAUCGUGACAGAGAUCGGGAUAGAGGGAGAGAUAGGCGAGAGAGAGAAAGAAGUUCUCACAGAUCGUCAGAUGAUGAUAGGGACUCGGACAGUCGUGACAGUUUCCAUAGGUCAGAUCAGAGAGAGGAUAGAGCUGGGGAAAAGUGGAUGACAGACACACCCACAAACACAGUCCUGCUCAGAAAUCUACCCCCGCAAGUGGAGGAGAAAGAUAUUCGUGCAGAAUUAAUGAUGUUUGGGGCCCCCGUUAGAGAUGUGCGUCUUAUGAGAAGAAGUACAGGUACCUCCCGGGGCUUUGCAUUCGUGGAGUUUCAGAGUGUGGCAGAUGCCCAGCGAUGGAUGGAUCAUUAUCAGGGCGUGCUGAAUAUCCAGAAUCAUUAUUCUGCCACCAUGCACUACAGCACCCCCAAGACGGGGCCAGAAAAGGGACCUAUCCAUAAAACGGACUGGACCUGUAGCAAGUGUGGCGUCCAUAAUUUCAAGAGAAGGGAUCACUGUUUCAAGUGCAAUUUGUCGCGAGAAGAAUCUGAGAGAAAACAAGAAGGAGAUGGCUUUGACCAGAUUGGUACAAAUCCGUGCAACACCUUGAUUCUGCGUGGUUUGGAUGCUUUAACAACAGAGGACAACAUUGUACAUGUGAUGGGACAAAUCACCACUUUCCCAUUGAAGAACGUUCAGAUCAUCAGAGAUGAGGCCACCAACACCUCCAAAGGGUUCGGGUUCAUGGAGUUGAACACGGUGAACGAGGCAUCCCAGCUGAUGGAUCAGUUCAACAACCACUUACCACUGGAGGUGGACGGAAAGCAGCUCAUGGUCAACUUUGCCAAAAAUACUUUCUCCACUGUAAUGGCUACCUUAAAUGCAGCGGCUAGCCAAUACGGUACAGCACAGGGUCAGGGGUGGGACUAUAACCAGGCCCCUCAGCAGGGUUAUUAUGACCAGAGUUUUUAUCAGGGUGCAGAUUACAACCAGGCAGCCUAUGCUCAGUACUACGAGGGAACACAGACAGAUUCAACAAACGCAGCAGCAGCUGUAGCUCAGGCAGCCAUUAAUAAAUCUCUGGCAGCCAAAGGGUCACAGCAGAAAAAGGGUCAGAAUAAAGACCAACAACAAGCACCUGCUCCGGAGGAGAAAACCACUGAAGAGUACCCUAAAUAUCCUCCCCCAGAUGUAUCCACCUACCAGUUUGAGGAGACUUCUGGAUACUACUACGAUCCCCUGACAACCCUCUACUACGAUGCCAACUCACAGUACUACUACAACGCCCAGACCGGGCAGUUUAUGUACUGGGAUGCCGAGAAAUCAACGUACCUCCCCGCCCCCGCCAAUCAAGGGCCAGGAGCAGCGACCGAGGGGGAAGGGACAACAGAGAAAAAGAAAAAGGAGGAGAAAAAGGAGAAAAACAAGAUGGCCAAGAAAAUUGCCAAGGAUAUGGAAAAAUGGGCGCAAACCAUGAAUAAGCAGAAAGAAGCCAUGAAAGGCUUUAAUGCAGCAUUAAAAUCUAUGAGUCAAAAUGAGAGGAAAGAGUCUGCUACUGCUGAUGCUGGCUAUGCAAUUCUGGAGAAAAGUGCUAAAGGAGGUCUAGAGGACAAGAAGUUAAUGCCUCCGCCACCAGCAGCUGUUAAUUCUCCUAGUAGUGGGGCAGGUGGCGCCAAGCCUGGUCUGGUGGCGUCCUACGGUGGGGACAGUGAUGAGGAGGAGCCAGGAGAUGAUGAUGGGGGUAUUCUGGACGAGAGUAAGCUGACGGAUUGGAACAAGCUGGCGUGUCUCCUGUGUAAGCGUCAGUUCCAGACCAAGGAGAUCCUGAUCAAGCACCAGCAGAUGUCUGAUCUCCACAAGCAAAAUUUAGAGAAUUUGAUAAAGUCCAAAGCUGCUUCAGGUAGCAGUGAUUCUGGUCAAUUCCAGUAUCGAGAUAGAGCCAAGGAGCGCAGGGAUAAAUAUGGAAUUCCACCUCCACCAGAACCCAGGCAUAAAAGACCAGAUAUUCCAGUACCAUAUGAGCAACCAACCAAGGCUGGAAUUGGAGGAGACAACAUAGGUAACAAACUCCUUCAGAAAAUGGGCUGGCAGGCCGGGAAAGGAUUAGGCAAGUCAGGACAGGGGAUCGUCAACCCCAUAGAGGCUGAGAGGCGGGCCCAGGCGGCGGGACUAGGGAUGAGGGGAGCUAAUUAUGGUACGACCUCCGGUGAUGACUACAGGGAAUCGGUAAAGAAGACCAUGUUUGCCCGCUACCAUGAAAUGGACUCCUGAUUCUGUGUUAAUGUGUGUGUGCGUGUUUGUUUGAAUGUGAACAUGAGAGAUAACAUGUAGUGUAUGUUUGUAGGAAGAACUGAGAGGAUCAUCUUUUUUUGUGAAUAAUAACAUGGCUCUGUGAUACAGGGUGUUACACAUGUAAAAACAAAAUGUUUUAUGCAAAUUUAAUAGAUAUGCCAAGGAGCAGAUGAUUUUUAAUUUAGGGUACUUGUUACGGAAUUAUGUGAGAAUAAAUCCCUUGUUUUUCCUUUUACAAUCUGUAAAUAUGUACAAAGUAUACAUAAAUAAACUUAAGAAAUAUGGA